CCCCCUUCGUUUUCCAGUGUAGUGCGUUGAUUUCAUACCAAAGUCAUACUUAACAUUCCACUUAUACUGUCAAACCUCUGAGAAAUAUUAAGGAAAACAACAGCGCGCCAAAAUAUAACAAAGUUACUGAAUUGACCAGUUUCCCCCACUGAGGAGAAUAAGCUGACUGCCAGAAUAAAAAGUUCAUACCUGGAUCCAACUCUUCCAGCCUUGCUCCUCAAGGAGAAUCCAACAGUUUUACAGACAAGCACGGAGAGAGACGAUUUGGACGAAAACGUUUUAGAGGAAUACACAACAUCAGCGUGAUUUGGACCUCUGCAUCACUAAGAUCACCUACAGAUCCUUUGAUACCGGGGCUCAGGGUUGGGCCCAGGGGGAGCCGCCACAAUUGCGUCCAACGAGUGGAGUGCCAACGGUAGCCCAGAAGAUGGGCUGGACGGGGACAAUGAAGACAAGACCAUGGACGGGGAUGCCGAGGGCGUGUGGUCCCCAGACAUUGAGCAGAGCUUCCAGGAGGCCCUCGCCAUCUACCCUCCCUGUGGAAGGAGGAAAAUCAUCUUGUCAGAUGAGGGAAAGAUGUAUGGUCGCAAUGAAUUAAUAGCGAGGUACAUCAAGCUGAGAACAGGCAAAACCCGGACAAGAAAACAGGUGUCUAGUCACAUACAGGUGUUAGCACGGAAGAAAGUUCGUGAAUACCAGGCGGGUAUAAAGGUUUCUAGCCACUUGCAGGUUCUCGCCCGGAGAAAAUCUCGCGAGAUCCAGUCAAAGCUAAAGGCGAUGAAUUUGGAUCAGGCAUCUAAGGACAAAGCCCUGCAGAACAUGGCAGCGCUGUCAUCUGCCCAGAUCGUCUCUCCGAGUAUAAUAAAUAAACAUCUUCCACCACUGCCUCCGGCCCCGUAUCCACCAGCCAGAUUCUGGCCUGCUCAAAUCCCAGGACAGCCUGGACCUUCUCAGGAGCUGGUUCUAGAUUUCAACCCGGGAAGGACUCCUGGGCUUGGCCGCACCAGCCAUGCUAUCAAACCAUUUGCACAGCCCCCAUACUCGAGCCUACCAGGUUCUGUAAACCAACCUAUACCAAAUUAUGAGCCCUUGGCGCCACCUCCUGCUCCAGCCGCUACUGCAGUGCCAGUCUGGCAGGAUCGGACCAUUGCCUCCUCUAAGUUGAGGCUGCUGGAGUACUCAGCCUUCAUGGAGGUCCAGAGGGACCCAGACAAUUACAGCAAACACCUGUUUGUCCACAUUGGACAAACCAAUCCCUCCUACAGCGAUCCGCUCCUUGAGGCUGUGGACAUUCGGCAGAUCUACGACAAGUUCCCUGAGAAGAAGGGUGGGCUCAAAGAGCUUUAUGAGAAAGGGCCCCAGAAUGCUUUCUUCCUUGUAAAGUUCUGGGCUGAUCUGAACAGCAGCGGUAUGCCAGACGGUCCAGGUUCAUUCUACGGUGUCAGCAGUCAAUACAGCAGCAUUGAGAACAUGACGAUCACGGUUUCAACCAAAGUCUGCUCAUUUGGCAAGCAGGUUGUCGAAAAAGUAGAGACAGAGUACGCCCGCCUAGAGGGAGGAAAGUGUGUUUACAGGAUCCACCGCUCUCCUAUGUGCGAGUACAUGAUCAACUUUAUCCACAAACUGAAACACUUACCUGAAAAAUACAUGAUGAACAGUGUUCUUGAAAACUUCACUAUCCUACAGGUGGUGACGAAUCGCGACACACAGGAAACCUUGCUCUGUAUAGCAUUUGUUUUUGAGGUUUCCACGAGUGAACACGGGGCUCAGUAUCACGUCUACAGACUUGUUAAAGACUAACAGCUCUUCAGGGAGGUUUUGGAAAAGCCACACAAUAAAGUGUGACACAGUCUCUCUUUAACCAGCUCAACAAUCCAGGAGAAAUUAUGAAAACAUUCAAAGCAAUGCUAGAUCGAACUAACAUGGACACAUUUUAUGCUUUAAAAAAGUAUCCAAGGAAAAAAAAGAGCGAAUCUCAACAUGCCAGCACGCAAAGAAAUUUUGAAGAAUUGAGGACAAGUUAUUUUCCAUGUGUUUAAACAUGAUUUAGAUGAAGUGGGUCACUUUUGCAAAGGUAAUCGAUGGAGCUUGAAAUGUUUUAUCGAGGGGAUGAGAAUGUGUUUAGGGUUGAAAAGACUCUUAAAGUAUCCAAGGGAACACACUCUGAGCAACAAGAGAAGUGUAAAUAGCAUUGAAAAAGUAGAGAGAAAAUUACCAUGGAAGUGGAGCCAAGUUGUGUUUAGGUGUUUAGGAAACCAAGUGCCUUUUUCUCCAAAGAUUAUGAUUGCCUGCCACUUCGGAUUGCCUUAUUUUUACUACCUCUUGUUUUUAAAUGAAAAGAAAAUAUUCAUACAGGUAUUUUGGAAAACAAAUGUGGAAAGAAACCUCAGAUCAACAUCUUUUGGGGCAGUUCUUGUAUUCAGGCACGCAGAGGAGUGGGAUAACUAAUUCUGAUGAGGUCUAUGUUACAAAAAAACAAAAAAAACAUCCCAGGUUUUACAGUCCAAGUGUACAGGGAGAAGGUCAAUUGUGUUGCCAUGUUAUUAAGGUUCUUUUUUUAUACAUAUAUUAUUACACAAUUUUAAAAAAAUCAGGUCUUACAAGCAUCUAUCUAUAACUGAUUUUGACACUAGGGAUGUCUUGAACCUUUGCUUUCCUGACAUAAACCCAGGGCUUUGCCUUACUUAUGAGAUGCCCUGUUAUUUCUCUCUGUUUGAAGACGUGUGCUCAGUUGCACUUAAAAGAUUAAGAAGGGGGGAGUGCAGCAACACAGUGCUUAUUUUCUGCCUUGAGGUAUGUAGCGUUACUGAAUAAAAUGAAUUGUUUCUGUACUGUGAGUAAGUGGAUGCUAAAGGAAUAUGUGUUACA